AUGGAGGGCGUGAAAAAGUUCACUGGCAGGGAGCUAGAGCAAGCAACCAAUAAGUUCCACCGUGAAAACUCUCUCGGUAGAGGCGGCUUCGGCACAGGCUACAAGGGUCAAAUCGAUGGCCAACCAGUUCUUGUGAUGAAGCUCAACCCGGACACUAGCCGGCAGGCAGGCGAGCGUUUUCUCCGCGAAGUGACAGUUCUUACACGCGCCGACCACCGCCACAUUGUGAGGCUCAUAGGCUACAAUGCUGAGGCGCGCUGUAUCGUGUACGAGGCACUCCCUGGCGGCAAUCUCGAGGACAGGUUGGCGACUGAGGCUGGGCGCAAGUCUUUGAGGCAAAAAGACCGCCUCCGCAUUGCAGCUGAGGUGGCGGAGGCGCUAGUGUUCCUGCACCGCCUGGACUACCCCAUCCUGCACCAGGACGUGAAGCCCGCCAAUGUUAUGCUGGACGACGAUCUCAUUAGCAAACUCGGAGGAGUGGGUCUGGCGAAGUUCCUACCAGUCAAUGACUCGUCGAUUUGGGGCACUGUGGGAUAUAUUGACCCCCUGCUACUGCGGACAGGCAAGUAUGGCCCUCAGUCGGAUGUCUAUGGGCUUGGGUUGGUGGUGCUGCAGUUGUUGACGGGAGAGAAGGUGAACAAGGUGCUGGAAUACGCCAAGUUCGGGCUGGAAGGAGUGCUGGAGCACCUUGACAAGGAAGUCACAUGGAACGAUAAGAUCGUUCGUGAUGUUGCUGAGCUGGCGUUGAGGUGCCGUGACAAGGCGAACCGGCCUGACCUGGAGUCGGUGGUGCUGCCAGCACUGCAGAUCCUGGCCAAGGACACGGCCCUGGAUCUGGAUCAAGAUGGGGCGCCGCCUCCCAGGCAAGCAGCAGGAGGCUCGGGUGCAAGGGGGGGAGGAGGGAGAGGAGGACAUGCGGGAGGGAGAGGGGCAGGGCGUGGGGCAGGGGAGGAUGCACACAAGGCGACACAGGCCAGCGCAGCAAAGAAGUCAACGUCCAUCAAUGGUCAGCAAACAUCUCGUAGUCGUGAAGGAACGUCGUCUGGCAGACCGGCAAACGACGGAGAGAUGCGCCUGGAGGCAACAAGAGCAAUGCUUGAAUCCAUACGGACAACGCAAGACAGCAGUAACAGCUUCGCUCCAUCCGUUCUCAGUCCUCGCUCAUUUGCCGAAGUAGCAUCGCCUACUGGAACUGCGGAACCCAGCUCAUUGCCAGAAACGUCUGACUCCGCCAACAUUAUUUCUAAGGCUCUGGAUGAUGCGCCGGCUGAAAAGUCAGGGAAAGACACCGUUAGUUAUGGCACACCAGAUCGACCUUUUGGCACAAGAAGGAGAAGGUCAAGCAUGAACGAUGAGCCACCUCCUGAGUUUCUAUGUCCUAUCACAUGCGAACUGAUGGCGGAUCCAGUCAUGGUUGUCACGGGACAAACUUAUGAGAGGAGCUCCAUCAGACAGUGGAUAAGUGAGGGCCAUCGUACAUGCCCUAUUACAAGGAUGCCUCUUGGGAACAUUGAGCUGGUGCCUAACUAUGCACUAAGAAACGCCAUUCGAGCUUGGGCACAAAAGCGGGGCAUCGAGUUGAAGGAGCCUGAGUUCUUUCCGCCACCUCGCAUAAGCGGAGCGCAAUAUAAGACAGCUAAUAAUGCCUCGGCACCAUCACAGAUCCCUACCUGGGACAAUGCUCUGCCAGACAGGAGGAGCCCUCCCAUGCUGGCUGUUACGCAGCUGUUCGUUGGCUCAACUGCUGACAAGGACGCAGCUGUUGCUCAGCUUGCAACAACUGCAAGUGAAGAUGGGGAAAAUGGGAGGGUUUCAGUUGUACAGGCUGGUGCAAUCCCACCCCUCAUCAUGGUUCUGCUUGAAGGCUCUGAUUUUGCCAAGGAAACGGCAGCAAGAUGCAUCCGCUUUCUUUCCAGGAGCAACAACCCGAUCAUUACACAAGGUUCUGCAGCAGCUAUCCCAGCUUUGGUCCGACUACUUUCUGUGGGGUCUCAAGCUGCAAAGGAGGCCGCAUGUGGCGCUCUUGUCAACCUUUCAGCCAAGACGGAUGUCAACAAGUUCCAGAUUGCAGUUGCUGGAGGAAUACUUCCACUAGUUUCUCUUCUUGACUUCAACCAGCCAAAUGCCUCAAGGACCUCGUAUGAGUGCGCAUCAGCAGCACUGUGCAAUCUUGCUUUUGACAAUGAGAACAGGCUGAAGAUUGCUGCAGCCGGUGCCAUCCCUUUGCUUGUCCAGGUAUGA